AUGACUUGCGCGUCUUUUUCUGAGAUGGCGCUGACAGAAGUUCAAGAGUACCGAAAGAUUUCCUUUUUAUCUUCCUCUGGACAGUCGGGAGUGACCAGCCUCUUCGUCAACAAUUCGACAUUGACAUCCGUACUAACCCACAUUCAACUUGCUGAGUCCAACACCAGGGCCAAGACGCCAUCUCCAACGACUGUCGUCCUAGUCCCUCGUCUGUCUGGUGACUUUGAAGCUCGAAAAUCUUCCAGUUUCCACUCAACCCGUCCUCCGCUUUUUCAGCUGAAAGCCCGAACCUUCAUUCCAGUCACGCCACAACGUCGCCUAUUGUUCCCAGGCGCGGUGUCUUGUUUGAGGCUAAUGUGCCUCCCUAGUGAGACACGAUCUCGUUCUGUUUCGCUUCUCGACGCAUCAAGUUCGCAGACCCUAGCCACCGUGUGA